AUGCUACAUCUCGACAGCGGCUCCAGGGAGAAGCCUGUUGAAGUUUACAGUUCCACCGGCGCCGAUGACGACGAUGAGUUCAACAGCGUCGUUGAUUCGGAGUUCGAGGAGAGCGUCUAUCCUUGCCGGAAAGUUAGCCAUCACGCGAGCAUAACCGUGGAGGAGCACACUUUGCUGCACCCAAAACCAACAGAAAAAGAUGAUGAGCAACAGAAGAAGGAAAAUGCUUCUAAUGCAAACAACUCCGAGCUGACCAGCUUCGUACAGAAAAAAUCGUUCGCUCAGAACAUGAUGGAUAUCGCACUGCUGUCGGCAAACACGAACCAGUUACGAUAUGUGUUGGAUUUGGGAACCAAACAUCCGUACUACUCCACCAGCUUAUCACUGAUCAUUCUGAGCCUAGUCAUGCAGGUCGCCGUCGGUCUGGCAAUGCUCUACUGUAAUAGGUACAACAUUAGGAAAAAGGGGGAAAUGCGGCGAGCGUCGCAUUUAAACAACCUGUCGGUGGCCGGUGUCUUCAUGGUGACGCUAGUAAACGUCUUUAUAUCCACCUUCAACGGCGCCCACAUGCAGAGCUCUUCCAUUUUUACCAACGACAGCACCGAUAGCAGCAGUACCACCGCAAGUCCUGUGGAGUUCGUAUCAGCGGUGGUCGAAUCCGGAUCACCCUAA